GUCCUCACCUCCCUUUUUCUCUCUUCUCUUCCCUUCCCUUUCAUCAGUCACAGCCGGUCUGUUAAUACAUAUCACCAUGGAUGUCCUCCGAGUACGCGACGACGAGAAGCCGACGAGCACGUUUAUGAAAAGCGGUGUUCCUGGCAUCAUCAUCGGAGUGAUUGUCCUCAUUGCCAUUUGUGUUUGCACUUUUUUUCUCUGGCGCAACCGACGGAGAGAUACUCGAGAAGCCAGGGUGGGCCGGGAGUGGAAUGCGUGAA